UAAGCCCCGCCUGCGCUUGAGGCUGCCUGCCCUCGGGGUGGUUGCUGCCCCCCUUUUCUGAUCCCCCCUGGCUGGAAGAAAGACUGGUUCGAGCUGGGCCUGGACUACAUCUCCCAGCGUGCUUGGCAAAGUGGUGGCCUCUGUGCCGGCUGCAGCAGAUGCAAGCAACAAUGCUGCAGGCUAUGAGCUGGGUGGCCCGUCUGGCGCUCCCCUCGACCGUGAGGACCGUGAGCCGUCUGUACAGUGGCUCCCAGGAUGAACUCCGCCGGACACCCCUGUAUGACUUCCACCUGACUCAUGGAGGGAAGAUGGUGGCCUUUGCUGGCUGGAGUCUCCCCGUGCAGUACCGGGACAGCCACGUCGACUCACAUCUUCACACCCGCAGGCACUGCUCCCUCUUUGAUGUGUCCCACAUGCUACAGACCAAGAUUUUUGGUGGUGAUCGAGUGAAACUGAUGGAGAGUUUAGUGGUUGGAGAUAUUGCGGAGCUAAGGCCAAACCAGGGGACACUGUCGCUGUUUACCAACGAGACUGGUGGCAUCUUAGAUGACCUUAUUGUGACCAACACCUCUGAGGGAUACUUGUAUGUGGUGUCGAAUGCUGGCUGCUGGGACAAGGACUUGGCCCUCAUGCAGGAAAAGCUCAAGGAGUUUCAGAACAGGGGCAGUGAUGUGGGCCUGGAGGUGGUGGAUAAUGCCCUGCUGGCCCUACAAGGCCCUACUGCAGCUAAGGUGCUCCAGACAGGCUUGUCAAAUGACUUGAAGAAACUGCCCUUCAUGACCAGUGCUGUGAUGGACGUGUUUGGUGUGUCCGGCUGCCGUGUGACUCGCUGUGGCUACACGGGAGAAGAUGGUGUGGAGAUCUCCGUGCCGGCAGCCAAGGCCGUUCACCUGGCGACAGCUCUGCUGGAGAAUCCAGAGGUGAAGUUAGCAGGGCUGGCGGCCCGGGACAGCCUGCGCCUGGAGGCCGGCCUUUGCCUCUAUGGGAAUGACAUUGAUGAACACACCACGCCAGUCGAAGGCAGCCUCGGUUGGACGCUGGGGAAACGCCGCCGAGCUGCCAUGGAUUUCCCUGGAGCCAGGGUCAUUGUCCCUCAGCUGAAGGGCCAGGUGAAGCGGAGGCGUGUGGGGUUAACCUGUGAAGGGGCGCCUGUGCGGGCACACUGCCCCAUCCUGAAUACGGAUGGCACUGUGAUAGGUGCUGUGACCAGUGGCUGUCCCUCGCCCUCCCUGAAGAAGAAUGUGGCGAUGGGGUAUGUGUCCUCUGAGUAUAGUCGGCCUGGGACCCAGGUGCUGGUGGAGGUGCGGCGGAAGCAGCAGAGGGCUGUGGUCAGCAAAAUGCCCUUUGUGCCCACAAACUACUAUAUCCUCAAGUGAGGAUAUAGUAUAUAUACUAUAUCCUCCUUCGCUCUAGGAGCCUUGAUUUGAAGGGCAUCGUUCUGGGGAUUAGUUAGGAAAUGACAGUAUAAUAGAGAUUGAUGCUGGAUGUCUGGUUCAUGGGGCCAUUCUCUGAUCCCUCUAUCUCAGAUGCCUCAUUCUGUGCCUUUUUUUUUUUUUU